ACGCCAUUGGCUGGAAGCGACAGUCUCGCGCUGCUCGACCCGCCUCCGUGUUAAGAACCGUUUCCUCCAUCGCUUGGAUUCCACAACAGCAGGGUUUUAUUUAUCGCAUCAUAUCUCUAAACUAUAAACGUAGUUCGUGGAGCUGUCGAGGGAUUUCCUUAGUCCAAACCGCUGUCACUCAGGCCAAAUGAGGAACCACAGAAUUUGGAUGUGUUGCAAUGGCUCUCGGAGUUGACAAGGCAUUAUCAGAAACCUCCUCACAAAUGGAGAACACGAGCCAUGGGAGGUGGAAGACCAGGAUCCCGGAGGUGAUUCACAGCAGGCAAACUAGACCCCUCGGUCACAGAGCUGUUGAGAGGACAAGGCAUACAAAUGUCCAGGAGGCCAGGGACUCAUACAAAGAGAGGAGUGGCAGCAAAAAGACGGUCACUAUGGCACCUGUUUCCAGGUAUAUGCCAGACAAAAGCCUCUAUAUCAUGAGAAAACCACUGAUCUCAACACAAUGGCAGGUGCCCAUCCUGAAGAACUCAUCUACACAUGAAGACUCGGAGAGGAUCAGUUACAAAGCAGAUUCCCCUAAAGAAAAGGAUAAACGUCUGUCAAAACAGUCAUUUAGACGUAUCCCAGAAGAUACUCCAUUUUAUAAAUCUACCCCACCAUUAUCCAGAGAAGACCUGGAUACCUCCAUGAGCUUAUCAGACCUCAGACUGUGGUCAUGUGAUGAGGAUCCUAUUUUUAACACUUCAGCUGCCAAACGCAGUCUGUCCAGUCCCCCCUCAGCUUCUUUGAGCCUCACAGCACCCUCAGUGCCUAAGUGGACAUCCACUCCUAGAAGCACUUCUUAUCCGUCCAAGUCUCAUUACACAAGAAAGGUAGAAACAAGACCAGCUGAGAUGAUGGACAGAGGAAGAGAUUCUCUUCUUAACCCAGGAUCUUACAGUAAGAACUGUCAACAUGGGUUCAAACACAUGUCACCUUAUCAGGCCAACUACUGGGCCUGUGCCAUCCCCAACUCGAUGCCACCCUCUCCGAACCGUAAAUCCCCCAGUUGGGAUCCUGAAAAGGAGUACCAGGAGCUCCUGGACUACACGUACCCUCUGAGACCCACCAUGGCUGGUACAUUGGGUUCAUUAGAGGUGGAUCUUCUCUUGCGAACUGAUCCGUUGUUGCAAGACUCGGGCAUUGAGUUGGACCACUCUUCCACUCUGUCUUGUUUAGACCUGUCCUAUACAGGGACUCGACAGGAACAGUGUAGCCCAGGAACAGCGCAAAGGUCAACUAAGUUUUGUGCUCUUAACAAGUCACAUUCGAAGUCCUUAGAUGGCAUCAUGUCCAGUAGCCUGUACUCUUCACUAGACCAAGCUGGCUUGUCAGAGAGUCUGGACGGUGACAGGAAGCCAGGGGGCCAUUAUCGUAAAUUUGGCAUCUUCUCGACAUUCAGACCUGUACCCACUUUCAUUAGAUCAACUCACAUCCUUCCUCGUCAUGAUUCGCUGGACGAGUUGGACAUAGAGUUUCUUCGCCUACCAGAAAGGCUACAAGAACUUCAGGUGCUUUCACAGCAGCUAAGGGACAUUAGUGACCAGAUGAGUCAACCAGUCAUCACCAGCUGGGAAUCCCUGGAGAGCGAGAUCACCUCAGUCCGAUCACCAACGGCUCAAGUGGGAAAGCAGGAACCACUGGUGGAAGAAAGGGGUGUUGAAGCAAAAGCGGGAUCAGUUUCUGAAAUUCCUCUCACACAUGAGGAUCAUUUAGAGAAAGCAAAGGAGCCUGGUUCCACAAUCCAGAUGAUUAGCCAAGACGUGACUAGGAGGAACCUGAGGGAGGUGGAAGCUGUUAUGGAUCAACUGAGCGGACUGUCAAUGUCAGAGCUUCAGAGGACAAUACAAACAGACCAGAAUGAAAAUGAGACCAAGGAGUCACUAAUGCAGCACAUACAAGCAUUUUGCUCGAACCUAAAAAAGCUGAUUCAGUGGCUGCACAAGGUGGUAGAGAAAGUAGAAGUUCUUUCUCCUCCCAUGGUUGACUUGGAGAGCGUCAAAGCCUCCUUGGCUGAUUACAAGAGUUUUCAGGAAGAUGUUCAGGCUCAUAAGCCCCUCACAGCAGAUGUUCUGCAGACCGGAGAGAUGCUUUUGCAUUGCAUGAAUUCAGCCUCUCCAUUUCUGAAAGACACACUGGUGCUGAUAGAGAGGCAGUCUCACACACUGGAAACUCAUUCAGAGUAUCUUUUCUCCUCUAUUCUGUCAGCCAUGGACUGCCUCACUGACCCCAGAUCUGAGGAAGCAUCAGAAGCAGUUCCUGAGAAUUAUUAGGAUUCUGGGAAGGCUCACUGUCUUGACUGAGACUUCCUUUUUGGUGUUUCCACAUCAAGGAUCUGAAACGCUUCUUACUUGACUCAUUUGUCACCAUUAUCUUUGUUUUACACUCUUAACACGUUUACUGUAUUCAGAAGUGGUGUUAUGUGCUGUUGUCACAAGCUUGAGUUAUCUGUCACAACAUAUGUGAUGAAUUGUUCACUUCGUAUUUUUACACACCAGCUUAUGAUAUUCUUUUUUUUUUUUUUUUACUCAGAAAUGUCCUGUGAUGGCUCUACUUAGUAAUAAUGUUUGAGAGGUGUUAAGAGGUGCACAGACAUAGUGCCAAUUGUGAUUGUGAUCUCAGGGUUAUUACCCUAUUAAGUUUUAAUGGAGAGCAGUCCAGUCUCCAUUUGCAUCCAUGCAGCUUUAGUUUCCUUUCUGAUUAACCUGUGCUUCACAAAGAUAUACUGUAUUUUUUGACUGAUAAUUAGUGUGAUCUUUUUGAUUGUGUUACAGCAACAGUUCACCCAAACAUUUAAAUCUCAUAAUUUACUCUCCCUCAUGUCAUUCUUCCGCCGCAUAUAAAAAGUAAUAAUAAUAAAAAAAAAUAUAUUUUGAGAAAUGUCUGUUUGGUUUAGCACACAUUGAAAGUCUAUAGUGUCCGAUGUUGAUUAGUUAUCAGCAUAGUUUGAAAUAAUACCUUCCCUGGAAGAAAGAAAGCCUGGAGUGAGUAAAUGGUGACGAUUUAAAAUUUGGGGAGAAAACAAUGUCAGUGUGUUAACAUCAAAUGAAAUGCAAUAAUAAUUGUGAAGCAUAAUGCAUUUUGUGAAUUCAGCUGAAUGAAUUUGACAGCAUUUGAAUAACUUCAGCUGCAGAGAUCAUGGAUUGAUGUGCAACUGUUUCUUUUUUGUUUGUUUUUUUUACAAUAAACAUUCUCCUUUUUGACGGUUUCUUAUUUUGGUUAAUA